CGUUUGUUUCCCGAUCAUAUUAUUCGCGAAUUAUCGAAUCGAUUCGAAAGUGAACAAUUUCAUUAGCACUAAAUGACGUUAGAUCAUUCAUUUUGAAUGAAAGUCAACUAACAUCAAAAUGUCCUUAGCUACAAUACUAGCCAAUUGGGUUGCUUUUACUGCCCUUUUUAGUGUUUUAACCAGUGCUUCCCAUUUUCCCAAUGCAUUAGCUCUGAAGGAUUCAGAGAAUAGGAAUAAAAUUGAAUUGAUCGAUGUAAAAUGUGACAAAAAUGAAGAUUCGAUGCAAGUGACCAUCAUGUUUUCACAACCAUUCGAAGGCAUCAUUUACAGUCAGGGUUAUUUCAAUGACCCAAAAUGCAGAUACGUUUCGGCUGGUGAAGGUGAAAAAUCAUACAAUUUUGUUGUACCAUAUGAAGGAUGUGGAAGCAAGCCAUCGUGUGCUAUAUGUGAUUCAGUUGAUAACAUUUUGAUUAUUCAACAAGACGAAGAGGUGCAAGGCGAAUUUGAUGCAGCGCGUAAAAUAUCAUGUAGCCGAACGGGCAUUGAAGAAGAGAAAAAAAUCUACUUUAAACCAUUCAUUGUUGAUAUGUUAGAUGUUGUCACUGUGCCAACUAAGAAUGGUGGUGUCGAUUGUUGGAUGGACAUUCAACGUGGAAUAUAUCCAAAAUUGGCGCCGGUCGGUGAAGUGAUUAAAAUUGGCGAAGCACUUUCUGUCCUAGUUUAUUUACGUGAUCCAAAAAAUGAAUAUGAUUUAUCAGUUCGAAAUUGUUGGGCUUAUGACGAUGACGACUUUGACGAUAAGAAAACGGGCAAAGUUCAAUUGUCCGAUGCAUCUGGUUGUACAAUGAAAAGGAAGCUUUUCGGUACUUGGCAUAAGACAAGCGAAACCGGUUCAUCGGGCGCUACUUUACUAUUGCAUAACACCUUAAGAGCAUUCAAAUUUCCUGAUGAGUCUCAAGUUUAUCUUAAGUGUGACAUAGAGAUAUGCCGUGGAAAUUGUGCCGAAGCAAUUUGUGAUGCAGAGGAAAUAAGCAAAGUUGAUUGUACAUCAGAUCCACGUCAUGAAAAUUGUGUUCGAAAUAAAUUAACUGAGAGAACACCGCUUGGAUUUACAACGUUGCCGAGCAGAAUAUAUGAAUCGACAACUACUACUAGAAUAACAACACGAUUACCUUUUAUUGAUACUACGCGACGACCAAAUUUUGUAUAUACAUCCACACAACGGCCGGAUUACAUGUCAACGACAAUUUUCGAACAAGACUCAACUACUUUGAAGCCAUUAAUAUGUACAUCUGAUUCUCGUGAUAUUCGCUGCAUUCAACAACAAUAUCCUGAAACAACUGAAAAGGUGGAUUCAACCACUUACAGAGAGUCGACAACAUAUUCGAAUUUAUUCAAAACCACAACAAUUAAGGCAGGCCUUGAUUCCUUCUGUAGUCAGUAUCCAAAGCAUAAGCGUUGCAGCCAACGCGUAACCGAUGAUUUAAAUAGUAAUAUUGAAAUUUUGACAUUCAAACCACCAUCACCAUUUGUCACGGUCAAGUCAAAGCCAUCGAUCGACUCACGCAAUGAGAUUCCAAGCGAAAAUUUGGAAUUAAUUCCAACGACACAAUCAUCCGAAAUAUUGCAACAACAACUGAAUUGUAAGGGGCCAAAUAUUGAUCCCAGAUGCCCGAAUCCAACUGGUACAACAGCACCCACCUAUUUACCCCCUAGUACGACAAAGAGAAUAACUGUUGCACCUCGAUGUUAUCCGGGUUCGCUUGACCCACGAUGUAAGGAAAUUGAAAUUUCAACUCCUCCAGUGGUCAUACCAAGGACGAGACCACCACCAGUUACACAAAAAACGACGAAAAAGUUAUUCAUUUGUGUGCCGGGAUCAAAUGACGUAAACUGUGAUAUCGAAUCGACCAAAACGACAGAAGAGCCACCAGUUAGAACCACAUUUACUCCACCACGCAAUCAAUUCACGACAACGAAACAACCUGAAAAGCCAAUUUGUUUCCUUGGCUCCAGGAAUCCGGAAUGCCAAAAAGUUUCAACGGAUAUUUUGACAUUCAAACCAAGACCGAGUACGACUUCAAUUCCCCCGACAACUACGAAAAGACCAUUUAUUAGCACAACUCGAGCACCACUUUGCUAUCCAGGGUCAUCCGAUUCACGGUGUCCAAAAAGCACAGAAAAAACUACAACUGAUAUUACAGAAACUACAACUUCUAAAGUAGCGGACACAACACGUUUACCAAUUUGCUAUUUAGGAUCUCCAGAUCCACGUUGUAUACAAUUAACAACCAAAAAAGUGCCUGCGACAUUUGGAACGACAUCGAAUCUAUCUACAAGACCACCAAUUUCAACUCCCUCUAUUCCAAGUACAACGCGUGCACCGAUCUGCUAUCCAGGCUCCCUUGACUCACGAUGCUCGAAGCCAAUUUCCACUGAUAUUCCGUCAUCAACAACGAAAAAGCCAUUUAUUAGCACAACUCGAGCACCACUUUGCUAUCCAGGGUCACCCGAUCCACGAUGUCCAAAAAGCACAGAAAAAACUACAACUGAUAUUCCAGUAACAACAACCUAUAAAGUUCCGGAAACAACGCGACUACCAAUUUGCUAUUUGGGAUCUCCAGAUCCACGUUGUGCCCAAUUAACAAGCAAAAAAGUGCCUGCGACAUUUGGAACGACAUCAAAUUUAUCUACCAGACCACCAAUUUCAACUCCUUCUAUUCCAAGUACAACGCGUGCACCGAUCUGUUAUCCAGGCUCCCUUGACUCUCGAUGCCCGAAACCAAUUUCCACAGAUAUCCCGUCAACAACAUCGAAAAGGCCAUUUAUUAGCACAACUCGAGCACUACUUUGCUAUCCAGGGUCUCCCGAUCCACGAUGUCCAAAACAACAACAAACAACAACAAAAUUUAUGCCAGAAACUACGGUUGGCACUCCAGAAACAACAACUUAUAAGGUACCAAGCACACCACGUUCACCCAUAUGCUAUCCGGGCUCACUCGAUCCAAGAUGUGUAAAACCAAACAUAAUUGUUCCACAAAUUGAGCAAAAGGUUGGUGAAAUUCCGGAAACAAGCACAUAUAAAGAAUCAAGUACAACACGAGCUCCAAUUUGCUACCCGGGUGCAAUCGAUCCAAGAUGUCAAAAAUCGAAAACCACCAGACCGACUAUUCCAUCGGUUAGUUCCACAAAAGUGGUGACAACUGAACAACCAUCAGCUAGUACUCCUCGAUGCUAUCCAGGCUCUCUCGAUCCUCGAUGCAUUCAAGCAACAACAAAACAGCCACCAAUCGUAAAUUUGAUUUCAACAACAAUUAAACCAUCGUUUAGCACAAUUAAAUCUUCAGUUCGCUGCUAUCCAGGUUCAUCAGACCCAAGUUGUGCAUCGAAACAAUUGGUUGUUCCUUUAAAAUGUGGACCAGGAUAUUUAGAUCCACGUUGUCCAAAUCCAACACCAACUGCUGAACCAGCAACAUAUUUGCCACCGAAAGCUUCAACAACUUUCAAGACGCAGAGACCACCGAUAACCACAACGCCAGUUCCACCUUUCACUUGUACACCAAACUCAUUGGAUCCAAGAUGUAAAAUAGUCACCACAACUAGAUUCAUUCCAAGCACCACAUCCGAAGGAACGACUGCCACUUUUGCACCGGAAACAACAACAAGACUACCGUUGACUACGAAACAGCCACCGUACACCACAAGACCUCCAUUCACUUUCACAACGCGGACACCAACAGUCAGUACAUUCGUUCCACAAUGUACUCCCAAUUCAUUAGAUCCGCGAUGUAAAACAUUUGCAACAACUAAAUAUGUUCCAAGUAUCCGAACUGAAGGAACAACUGCCACUUUUGCACCAGAAACGACAACCAGACCUGCACCAUCGACUACAAAACUGCCAACCUACACGACAAGACCUCCAUUUAGUUUCUCAACAUUUACAACGCGGACACCAAUAACAGUCAGCACACCAAUUCAAUGUGCACCCAACUCGUUGGAUCCACGAUGCAAAACGUAUACAACCCCCAAAAUCAUUCCAACUGAAGGAAUCACUGCCACUAUCUCGCCCGAGACAACAACAAGAUUUAUAACAACAACAAGUACACAACGGCCAACUACAACAAGACCACCGUUGACAUUCCCAACGUUUUCAACGAAUCGAAUAGUUUCAUCGCCGCGACCAUUCACAACACGAAUAACGACAAAAUCAACAACGACAACAGAAAAUAUCUUAUGCUAUCCAGGUUCUACAAUUGAAGGAUGUAAACAAACGUAUACGACACCAUCAUUUUGUUAUCCUGGAUCGAAGGAUCCCCGUUGUCCACAACAACCGCCAUCAUUCAGCACGCGUAAGCCAGAAGGAUAUUUGCCACCAUUUCCAGAUGCCAGAUUGAAUCGAGUCAAGCGUCAAACUUUGGAUGAGUCGGAUGAAAUUGUGAAAUUUUCACUUUCAUUUAAACCAUUCAGAUUUAGUUAAGAACUUUCAAAUGUGCUCAUUUUUUUAAGAUAUUUCAAACAACAAGAAAAUUUAUGUGAAAUCAAAUUGUCUGAAAUUAUUUAAGUUGUCGAUGCCAUAUGUAUUCUUCUUUAAUUCGAUUAAAAGACAGUUUAUUGCAAAAUGUGAAAA